AACGAGAAAAAUGUGUAGACGCUGGCAGUGUGUGGCAGCGCCUUGAGAUUCUCCUCCUGCUUGCUGCCUGGGCGAGCGGAGGCGCCAUUUGUCCUGUCUUCGCCCAGCCUUUUGCCGGCGACGAGCGCAUCCUCCAGAAUUAUCGGGUACACCCAUGUCUUAUGCUGUGUCGGCCCCUGCCUUGUGGGCGCGUCAGACUGCACAUCUGCCCAAGUGCGCAAAUUCAGGGGUAGCCUGUGCCCCUUCCUUGCCGUCACACAGCCACCUCCCCAAUUUAGUUUGGUUCACAGGGCGUCCUUCAGCUCCCAAGUCCCAACACAGCCGAUUGACAAGAGGCGCUGCAGGUCCUCUUAUGGCUGAAAGGGAGUUGAUUGGCAAGGAUAAGCUUGUGCUUAGAGAUUUGCAGUUUCACGGAUUCCAUGGAGUGAAACAAGAAGAAAAGACACUGGGCCAAAAGUUCGCUGUAGACGCCGAUGCUUGGAUGGAUCUGAGCAUUGCUGGUGAAACUGACAGCAUAUAUGAUACAGUUAGUUACACAGAUAUUUACAGAAUUGUCAAGGAUGUGGUUGAAGGACCAUCUCAGAAUCUUUUGGAGUCAGUGGCUCACAGGAUUGCAAGUGCCACAUUGCUCAAGUUCUCUCAAAUAUCUGCUGUACGGGUUGAAGUUAAGAAACCUCAUGUUGCUGUACAAGGAAUUGUCGACUAUUUAGGUGUUGAGAUAGUUAGGUAUAGAAAGGACAUGGCAGGAAUUUCACCAUGAGCUCCACUGCACUAGCAUACUGAGGAUGGCAUGUUCUUGUUCAAUCUGUCAAUGGCGUCUCUGACUGCUCAACAUUGUGUUCCUUCAGAUGUAUAUACUGCAACAAUUUGUACUGAAUGUUGCUCUCAGAAGCUGUUCGGCUCAAAAUUGAUCUAGUUUUAUUGGAAUUGAAGUAGGCAAUUAAGUUUUUUCUAGCCAAAGCUUGGAUGGAGAUGAAAUUCCGGCAUUGGAAUACUUAUUAUUAGCUCGGUUGAUAUUUUCCAUAUUGCACUUUCCUUUC